GCGGAGACGCGGCCUCUCGCUGGGAGUCCUCGCCCUCUGCGUGGCCGCCGCCCGCUGUCUGCAGAGUAGACUGUCAGCUCAGCUCGAGCACCUCAGUCUGAGUGAACCGUCCAUCACGUCGCACCCUGCCGGGUUGCCAGCGAUCCGGACCGAACUGCGUGCUCGCCUGCUCCUUCCAGCGCGGGCACUCCCUCUCCCCGCCUGAACAGAAGGCCCGCUGGGAGCUGCGCUGUGUGGGCUGAUUGGGCCUGGCAGAGGAGGGAACAGUCAGAAUGGACCCUUCCAGUCAGGGCGUAUCUCUGUACAUCCCCCAGCCAGCCAUCAAUGCCACGGUGGAAGAGGACAUCCUGCUCUCGGUGGACUACUCCUGCGACGGGGUCCCCACCAUCGAAUGGAAGUACACGUCCAGCUGGGGAGUGCAGAAGAUCGUGGAGUGGAAGCCGGGGACUCAGGCCAACAUCUCCCAGAGCCACAAGGACAGGGUGUGCACCUUCGACAAUGGCUCCAUCCAGCUCUUCAGCGUGGGCGUGCGGGACUCCGGCUCCUACAUCAUCACGGUGACCGAGCGCCUGGGGAGCAGCCAGUUUGGCACCAUCGUGCUGCACGUCUCAGAGAUCCUCUAUGAAGACCUGCACUUUGUCGCUGUCUUCCUUGCUUUUCUCGUUGCUGUGGCCGCACUGCUGAUCAGCCUCAUGUGGGUUUGUAAUAAGUGUGCCUAUAAAUUCCAAAGGAAGAGAAGACACAAGCUCAAAGGUAAUUCCCCGGGACCGUCACCUUCUUCUCCCCAGGAAAGCACCCCCGCUGAGUGGCAACUCACAGUCAAUGUGUCUUUUGCUUUGCAGAAAGCACAACGGAGGAGAUUGAGCUGCAGGACAUAGAGUGUUAGCCAAGGCCAGACCCAGUGACAUUCCUACCUCAAGAGGAAGACAUGAUUUUCCCAUGAAAGGAAGACACGCGGCCAGUCCCGCCCGAGCCUCUUGUUCUGCCCUAGCCACCUGUUGCUGCAUGCUGACGAAGCUGACUGCCUGGAGCUGGACUCUGGAUUGGACCACGUCAGUCCCAGUGGCGUGGAUGUCAGCGAGGAAGAGGGCGGUGCUGUGGGCCGGCCCAGUGCCCCAUCUGCUUCCUCACUGCACUCUGCUCCGGCGGGGUGGGGGGCGGUGGCGGGGUCCCCGUGCCUGUGUGCCCUGUGCUCAGGCAUGUCUGAGUCUGUGACCCCGUGGACUGUAGCCCACCAUGCUCCU